UAAACCAAGGCAGUAACAAAAAAGAAAACAGUUCCCUUGUAUAGUAGCAGCCUUCGCAGUACCUUUGAUGUUACCCCUUCAUUUAGAGUGACCUAGAAUUGGCUACGAGGCGUGGUUCAUUUUGCUCUAUCCUCUGUCUCUCUUGUAGACAAAUGCUUCGGAAAGACAGGGCCGGAAGGACCAUCUUGCAGUUCGUUGGCACCGGCUGGUUCGUUGCAACAGUAGUGGAAGUUGCUGCCCUUGGUGGUUGCUACUACUACUACCGGCAUCUCGAUCGCUCACAAGAGUCCCGAUACUGGUUGUUCCAGCAUUUCAGGCCCGGUCUUGAAGCAUUCUACAAGCUUAGAGAUAUGACUGGUAAUGACGCCUUGCAAACGUACGACUACAAGACCUGGGGCAUUCAAGAGUGAGGGCCAGUAGUAGCUGCACUGCCAACAUGGGGUCCUUAGAGGUAGAAGGUGACAGUGGCCGACCUCAACACGAGCAUCACCUCAGCCUCCUGGACAACUUCAGCCAGUCCAAGCGGCAGCUCGAGCAACUCCUGGACGCGAUGGUGACCUGGCACAGCUGGAUGGAAAGCUGCAGGAGUUGCAGAUGAUAACUACGGAAGCGGCCAGUCACCUACCCGCAGCCAGUUUGCGCUGGGUCCGGGAGCAGUUUGGGACACUGAGAGCACGGGUGGAUGAGGUCCGGGAGCGGCUCAAGCCACGCAAGCGAUUUGCCUUCAAAUCGGCACGGGGCCCCAGCUCAAAGGCAGGAGCGCCCCCUGAUUGUGAUGCCAGAUCCGAGGGGCAAUGCGAGUUGGGGCCGGGCUUCCCUGCCGGUGCCUCGAAGGAUGCCUCCACCUUGGGCUUCCAAGGCAGAUCAGGGGAAACGUUGAUGCUGUCCGACGUCAAUGGCAAGGACAUGGAACUCGAUUCUCUCGACACCUGCGAAGUGACCGUCCGUGGCUGUCCGGCGACACUGUUUGCACGCCGGCUCAAGAACUGCCGCAUCCGGUGCGGACCUGUAGCCACCUCGGUGUUCGUGGAGGAGUGCGAGGGUUGCACGUUUCACGUCGCUUGUCAGCAGCUGCGAGUACACGACAGCCGCAAGUGCGAGUUCCGAGUGCACAUUCAGGCACGCUCCAUUAUCGAAGACUCGAAAGAGCUCCUGUUUGCCAAGUACGACUUUGCUUACGACGGAGACGAGCGAGACUGGUGUGCAUCGGGCCUAGACAGGAAUGUCAACAACUGGAACAAGGUGGACGACUUCAACUGGCUUGCAGCCGAUCAGCCCUCACCCAACUGGAAGCUGUCACAUGUGUCACCGGGUGACACCGAAUAGGGGGAUAGGAACACAUGGCACAAUAAAGACCCACAUCGUUGUGAA